AUGGUUGAGCUGCAAGGCGCCACACCAUGCCUGCAGCGUGCCUCCAUGCUCCCCCAAUGCCAAUCCAAACAACCUAGCCUUGUUUUCACAUUCCCCCUCCCUUUGAUUUCUCUGUCGCAACCAGACAAGCAUGGUCCUUGGAGCUGGUGUUGGCGCGGGUCUCGGCCACAGCAACUGCAGCUCGUACUUGUCGCGGGCUUCUCCCGUGCUGGCACCCAUAUGUCACUUGCACACCAUCUUUGCUCACCGCCUCUGUUGCUGCAUCGCAUGGAAGCUCGUCUUCCUUGUUUCGUCUGCGAACUUGACGAGCAUUACCAGGUGCAUUUGCUUGUUGUUGUGAGAAACAAGACAACCUCCAUCAGCCUUGCUUCAGAUUGUGUCAGCUGCUCCUUGGUGGACAACUGA